GGUGCCUAGGCAAACCAGCGGCCUCCAGCUUGCGGCCCCGCAAGGCUCCACGGCCGCACCGUGGGAUGGACGAGGGGAAGAUGGACGAGAAUGAAUGGCGGUACCACGGUGAAGGCAACAAGAGCCUAGUGGUGGCCCAUGCGCAGCGUUGUGUGGUGCUUCGUUUUCUGAAGUUUCCUCCUAAUAGGAAGAAGACCUCGGAAGAAAUAUUUCAGCACCUACAGAACAUAGUGGACUUUGGCAAAAAUGUCAUGAAAGAGUUUUUGGGUGAGAACUAUGUUCAUUGUGGGGAAGUUGUUCAGCUGCCUUUAGAUUUUGUGAAACAGCUUUGUUUAAAGAUACAAUGUGAAAGACCAGAAUCUCGCUGUGACAAGGACCUGGACACUCUCAGUGGCUAUGCUCUGUGCCUUCCCAACUUAGCCAGACUUCAGACCUACCGUUUUGCAGAGCACCGGCCGAUUCUGUGUGUGGAGAUCAAGCCCAAAUGUGGGUUUAUUCCCUUCUCCAGUGAUGUUACACAUGAAAUGAAGCAUAAGGUGUGUCGUUACUGCAUGCACCAGCACCUCAAGGUAGCAACUGGGAAGUGGAAGCAGAUAAGUAAAUACUGUCCUCUCGAUCUCUACUCAGGAAAUAAACAGAGAAUGUACUUUGCUUUGAAAAGCUUGUUACAGGAGGCACAGAACAACUUAAAGAUCUUUAAGAACGGUGAGCUGAUUUAUGGCUGCAAAGAUGCCCGCAGCCCCAUGACUGACUGGAGUGAGCUUGCGCACCACCUGAAGCCAUUCUUCUUCCCGUCCAAUGGCCUGGCCAGUGGACCCCACUGCACAAGGGCUGUGAUCCGGGAGCUGGUGCGUGUCAUCACACGGGUGCUACUGAGUGGCUCGGACAAGGGCCGGGCGGGUGCCCUCAGGUCGGGGCCUGGGCUGCGGGGCCCACCCGUCUGUGAAGCCAGCCCUUUCAGCAGGAGCCUGCGCUGCCAAGGAAAAAACACCCCGGAGCGCUCAGGGUUACCGAAGGGCUGUCUUCUGUACAAAACCCUCCAGGUGCAGAUGUUGGACCUGCUGGACAUCGAAGGCCUCUACCCUCUGUACCGGCGGGUUGAGCGGUACCUGGAGGAGUUUCCUGAGGAGAGAAAAACAUUGCAAAUAGAUGGGCCUUAUGAUGAAGCAUUUUACCAGAGGCUGCUCGAUCUUUCCACUGAGGAUGAUGGUACAGUGGCUUUUGCACUGACAAAGGUUCAGCAGUACCGGGUUGCCAUGACUGCGAAGGACUGCUCCAUUAUGAUUGCGCUCUCUCCUUGUCUGCAGGAUGCAAGCUCCGAUCAGAGGCCUGUUGUCCCUUCAUCGAGAUCUCGGUUUGCCUUCUCUGUGUCUGUGCUGGACCUUGACCUCAAGCCCUACGAGAGCAUUCCUCAUCAGUAUAAACUGGAUGGCAAGAUAGUCAACUACUAUUUAAAGACCGUACAUGCCAAAGAUGCUACUGUGAUGUCGACGAGGUUCAAGGAGAGUGAAGACUGCACGUUAGUUCUCCAUAAGGUCUAACCUUUUUCUUGCAGUGGCUUUGACACUUGAACACAGAAUGUGAAGGUUGAGUGAUACAGCUAUUUUCUGUUGUGUUGGGUGACUUCUGGCUGUGAAUGUUUUUGCUUUUCAACCCCUGUUCAGGUGGGACUGCCUCUGGGAGACAUCGAAUGCCCUUAGAGAUAGCUUCCAGGACAAGGAAUGUUGGAUAUGAACCCAGCAGUGUGCUGUGUCCCUGGAGGCCCCCCUGGGCAGUUCUCCCUUUCCAUCCAGGGUUCACAUCUAAUCUCUAAAAAGCCUUAUAAGACCCAAGGUUUGGAUCUCCUACCACCAGAAUCCUAACAUAGAAAACUUGAAUUGUCACAUAGACCUUACAGUUUGGACUUUGAAGAAAACACAGAUACUACUGGAACGUUCCCAGCUGAGUUACCUGGUCACUCUUCCAGCACAAGCCUCGUGUCAGCGCGGGUUUAGCAGCUCCCUGCUGUGGAGAGCAGAGUUGCCGAUGUGCGCGCCAGUUCCCAUCAGUGGGCUCACAGCCCGUGUGGAGGUGCCAUACCCACUGCUCUGCUCAGGGUCAGCAGGCAGCGUGGGACUCAGGGCAGGGGCAGACACCACUCAUGCGAGCACUGACUUUCUAUUUUGUGUUGAAUGAUUUAUCUUUAACUUUAGGGGAAACAAGGUAUUCUUUCCCACCUGAAAUUGCUGCUGUGGAAGCUGAAAGCAGAGCUGUAACUCUGAGCUGCUAUGCCCAGGGUGGGUGUCAUGGGGUGCCUGUGCUUCUGCCAGUUCUGUGUUCUGACAUUUUUGGAUGUUCGGGAAACCUCAGCUACUUCUGCCAGGGCCAGCAUCCUGAUUCGGGUUUCACUAGGAUGUGUGGUGUUGAUGGCCUUGAGUAAUUCUGGACCACCUCCCCAUCGGGGCUGCCCAAGGCCCUGCUUCUGCAUGAUGAGCAACUCCUGGCUGGCACCAAGAGGGUUCUUGUUGGGGUCACCAAAAGUGUGCCCAGCUGCUAUGAAAACUGUUGGGAAUCUUAGCUUCGGUUUUUUAUUCUAUGGUAGGUUGUAUAGAUUAUUUAUAUCAUCAUUUUGAGGGACUAAUGAAGGCUUAUUGUAAUAUAAUAGUGAAACCAUGAGAUUGUAUGAAAAUACUACACAAAAAAUGAGAAUAUUUUGCUGAUUAUAAUUUUUGUGGGGAAUUUUGUGAUAAAUUGAGAAUUAUGCUUAUUUGAAUCAAGCCAGCUCUUCUAGAAUUUAUUCUUCAGUCCUGUCCUACUAUUUACUUCUUACUUCUUCACUCAGAGGUUCCAAAAGAUAUUCAAAUAACACAUGCCUGUCAUUCAUGUGGGAUGCUGGGGUACAGGGCUGUGGAGAUUCCACACAUAGGGGUGUACAUGGAGCCCUGUUCUCAUGAUCAAGUUGCAGGCUCCAGAGUGCAUGGAAGUAGGUAGCUAUCAGAGUUGUUUAGGCCUGAGGUUGUUCCUUGUUGCUGGCCUGGGGUGAGGAUGGUCUUGCCCAGCACCAGGGUAUGCAGGGGACCCGGAAUCUCUUGUGUGUGGAGCUCUGAAACCCCAGCCCCUCAAGGAGGUGGGCUGGGCAGCCUCCUGUUGCUUAUUCUAAUUGGAGUGAACGGUCUGAAAACAAUCACCCUCUAUUUGGGGGAAAAAAAAUUAAAGAUGAGUAUCUAGAAGGUCUUGACUGAACCCUUUGCACUUCUCACACUCCACCUCAGCCCCAUCCCUGAGGCUUUCAUUUGAUGGAAACAGUGUUUUCACCCAUUCUACUUUAAACUGGCGACUCAGGUCAGUGCAGCACUUAGGACUCUGGGGGACUUUAAUGAAAACACUGCUUCUUCUGUGCAGAGGGGCCGGGGGGCUAAGGCCCUGUGUGAAGGGACAAUGCCGUCUUGCUGUCUUACUGCAUUUGUUAAUGUUAACCACUCUACUUUUUCGUGAAAGACCAUGAAGAGUGAAUGUCAGAGGACUUGCUGAGGUGCUGUGAAAGCCUCCAGUGCUGCUUCUAGAGCCCGGAGGUGAGGAGGGCGGCGUGGCUCCCCUGGGGUGUCUGAGGAAUGUGAAAGAAUGAGGCGGCGCUGGUAAGCCCUGCAGGAGUCCCUCCGGGGUGGAUGGUAGGAGGAGGGCCAACCUUUGAGAUGGGCUGGUGCCGCCUCUGCGCUUAGAUUCAUACCAAGGUAGGGGCACGGUGGCUCCCCGUGUCCCAGGAUGGAUAGCCACUUCUGUACUUUCUCGGAUGUUGAGUUUACUUUUAAAAAAUACACUAUAUGUGUCACUUGUUUGGUAUUUUGAAUUUAAAUAACUGUAUUUAUUUUUCAUGUCCUGACAACUUACAUAUAAUGUGCCAUAAUUGCAUAAACAUGUUCUAAAGGUAAGGUUUCUAAGUGGAAAAGAGCAAAUGUUUAUAUUCAAUAAAAUCACACACCUCCAGGUGCAGCAUCUUA